AUGCGUGAAUAUGACGAAUCAGAAAUAGCUAAGAAGGCUAAAUCAGGGUCGGGCGGAGCGAGCGACGACGACGACGCCAGCACCAGCUCGCAGAUCCGGCGCACCAUCGAACGCAACGCGCUGCGCCGCAGCCUGCUGCGCUACGAGCCGGGCCGCACCAACCGCCGCGGCGGCAGCACCAGCGGCGGAGGCGGAGGUGGCGGCAGGGGCUCGGAGGACUCGCUGGUGGAGCGAAUCAAGAAGCUCACCUGCGACAUCGACGACGAGGACGCUGCCGCCUCGCCCGCAGACGCUGAGGGCGAGGACGGCGGGCGGCGAGGCGGGGGCGUGGACGCGUCCACCGACACCGACCUCACCGACUCGGAGGGCGGCGCGUCGGACGCCAUGCCACCCCGCGCCAGCCCGCCCGGCGAGGAGCGCCGCGCCGCCAAGGCCACGGUUAAUCUUCGAAUUACAAAUUGA